UCUUCCUUUAUGACCAGAUCGGGCGAGUAGGCUUCCUGGUUAGUUCAUUUCUGAUGCAUGAAAAGCUAUAAAAAGAACGCGAGAUGUCGUUAUCAACGGCGCGACCAUUAGUUACGGUCUACACCGAUAAAAAUGAAUCAUCGGGCGAAUCAAUUUCUCUGCCAGCUGUGUUCAAAGCACCAAUUCGGCCUGAUAUCGUAAAUUUUGUUCAUCAACAAGUUUCGAUGUUUACUUUUCGUUUUUUCAAGAACUAAUACGCAAUUAUUAAAUGUAGGUUUCUUUUAUUAGGUCACCAAACCUCCGCUGAAUCAUGGGGUACGGGUCGUGCUGUAGCUCGUAUUCCCCGUGUACGCGGUGGUGGUACGCAUCGUUCCGGCCAGGGUGCAUUUGGUAACAUGUGUAGAGGUGGACGCAUGUUUGCACCAACAAAGCCCUGGAGACGUUGGCAUCGUAAAAUUAAUGUCAACCAGAAAAGAUAUGCUCUGGUAUCUGCCAUUGCUGCAUCUGGUGUUCCAGCCCUUGUACAAUCUAAGGGUCACAUGAUCCAAGAAGUUCCAGAAUUCCCUUUGGUAGUAUCAGACAAAAUUCAAGAGUAUAACAAAACCAAACAAGCUGUUAUCUUUUUGAGACGUAUCAAGGCAUGGAAUGAUAUUCAAAAAGUGUACAAGUCUCAACGUUUCCGUGCUGGUAAGGGUAAAAUGCGUAACCGCAGACGCAUUCAACGUCGUGGACCUCUGAUUGUAUACGGUCAGGACCAGGGUAUUCGCAAAGCUUUCCGUAACAUUCCCGGUGUUGAUCUUAUGAAUAUCAACAAAAUGAACCUCCUAAAAUUGGCACCUGGUGGUCAUGUUGGACGAUUUGUAAUCUGGACAAAAUCCGCUUUCGAUAAAUUGGAUGCCCUCUACGGAACCUGGCGCAAAGAAUCUCAGCUUAAAGCUGACUACAACUUACCCUUCCCCAAGAUGGCCAACACGGAUCUGUCAAGACUUCUGAAAGCCGAAGAAAUCCGCAAAGUUCUGAGAGCACCGAGGAAGAAGGUUGUGCGCAGUAUCAAGAAACUGAACCCACUGACUAACACGCGCGCGAUGUUGCGUCUCAACCCGUACGCCGCUGUUCUGAAACGUGCUGCGAUCUUGACAGCAAAGAAACGUCAACAAGACAGGGAAGUUCUUCUUGCAGAGAAGCGUGGAAUCCAACUGCCAAAGAGUACACCAGCAGUAAAGACCAAGUUGCUUCUGGAGAGACGUAGAAAACAGAAGUUGGCCUCGAAGGCAGUUAAGGUUAAAAAACCACCAACAGCGAAGAAGGCAACACCAGCACCCGUAGCUAAACCUGCGAAAGCAACCAAAAAACCGAAGAAAGUGGCGAAGAGUGCAGAAGCAAAGGCUGCAGCACCAACAACAGCAGCACCAGCACCAACACCAACAACACCAGCAGCACCAGCACCCGCAGCACCAGCACCCGCCAAGAAGUAACAAGUUUCUAUCAACAAUUCGUUGUUGAUCCACAAACUUUAUUUGUUAUAAAUAAACUAUGGGAAGACAACUCGA